AAUGGUUCAGGUUGGUUUAGGACACAGCUCUCUUGUUAAGCCCGCGUCUAAUUGGAAACAAGCAACAUUCUUCAAACAUUUCUAGAGACGGAGGUAUUGCUUCGUAAUGUAGGUAUAGGAUUAGAUAUUAUAUAAUUUUAUGUUGCUGAAGGAGGUGAUAGUAAAAUUGCGAAGGCGGUGCUGUGUUGAUCGAUCUGACUGCAAAUGUGCCCGUUGGAGACAGAGGGUUACGGCAACUAGUACGAUUAAUAGUAGCGAGAGGGUAGUGUAAUAAUAAUUACAAAAAUGGGGAAAACUCAUGCUCUGAUGGAUGCCCAUUUCUGGGACACGGAGAUUGCAUCCCCCGCCUCAAUGAAUGGAGUGGUAGGGACGCUGCCUGACGAGGGUGCUGCGCCUCUCUCUCUUACACAGUCAUCCAAGCUCUCCAGACCUCGUCAAGUAAUGUUCAUGCAUCGCUUUCUUCAUCUCCCACUUUUGCCCUCCUACUCUCCCACUCAAGGUGGACUCGUAUUUGAUCGAGCAGUUGUCUCUUUUCAAGGCUCCAACUGGUGGACUACUCUUACAGGUCAAUUUCGUAUUCAGAAAUUUCUCUCAGGUCGAAAAUACAAGGCAUCAGAAAAUGUUCAGAAAUCUGCAGGUUCAAAAAUAAGUAAUCUGUUUGGAGGCCUCUGGGAUCCGUUGCUUUAUGCCCAUGGAAUCGCUUCUCGAGUCGUAUUUGGUGAGCAUACUUCUUUGACUGCAAGUUCAGAGCUGUCUUCUAACGAUAAGGACUGUCGUGCAAGAGCCAUCCUUCAUCAUAAGCUCCCGCAACAUGAUUUAUCCUUGGAAACUUCUUGGCAUGGACGGUUUGUUCAAACACAAGGCUCUUCUUGGAACGCUCCUCUGUCAAUAUCACUAGAUUUGACAUCACUUGAAUCUGAUUCGGGUCUGAGAUAUCGCAUUGGAAUUCGUCACAAUUCUGGACUUCCUCAGGAGUGUGAUAAUGGAAACAGUACAGAAAUUCCUUGGGUUGUGUCACCUGGUUUAUCUGCCAAAGCUGCAAUUUCCUUUGAGAAGCAUGCAAAGAUCUGGAAAGAUCAAAGUGGCCCAAGACUGCGCCAAAAGCCUUAUAAUUUGUUUCUUUCCCAGCCUCAUGUCACAGUAUCGACAAUCAUUGGGAGUACAUUGAAUGCUAUAAAAACAGGUAACACUUCGAGUGCUAAAUUGAAAAUGCUACCAGUGGAAACCCAAUCAAACGAAGAUGGGUCAUCCAGUUCUUCCUUACAAGCAAAGGUUCAGAGAUCUCCCUUUUCAGCUGACUUAUUUGCAUCCUUAGGAUGUGCAGCCCAAUUAGGAAGAUUUCAAAAGCCUUUGCUAGAUCUUACAAGAUUAGAGGCUCGAUUAGACAUUGGUACAGCAUCAGCAUUUGCCACAGGUGCCACCUGGUUGCGUCAUAAAUAUUACAGGUCAGCGUUAUUAGAUGUACAGGAUAGAGAAGAAGUGUCGCACCCUUCACUUGCCAUUAUGAUGCAACAGCAGAUUGCAGGGCCAUUGUCUGCAAGAAUUGACUCUAGAUAUUCCUUAGAUUUCUCAUCUUCCAAAUGCGGUCUCCAUGUUAAGGAGAUUGUUUAUGGCUUGGAUUUUUCCUUGAAAGUACUAACUGCUGCAAAGGUUCUUGCCUGGUAUUCACCAACAAGGAAGGAAGCUAUGGUAGAAUUGCGUUUACUUGACAGAUAACAGAGGAAACCAAUGAAAUAAUAAAAUUCACUGACAUCAAGGGAUGUAUCAUCAAAUUCUCAUCACAUGCUCCAAUUAGAAACAUGUAAAUACUCUGAUAUAUCUAGAUAAUGCACAUAAUUAUCCAUUCGAUGUAUUAACCUUAAUUUCAAUAUCUUAUUCUUUUUCCUCUA